AUGCCCUCUUUUCAUGUAUCUACUUAUAGUAUUGUCAUUAUCAUUAUUAUUCGAGUUACUACUACAUAUAAUAAUAAUAAUAACAAUAAUAAUAAUAAUAAUAAUAAUAAUAAUAACAAUAAUAAUAAUAAUAAUAAUAAUAGUAGUAUUGUGAAUUCCACUAUUGAAAGACUAUUGUCUUAUUCAUCAUACACGUCAUCAAAUGAAAAUUUGAAUGUAUACAUGUGCUUCCAAUGUUUACAAACGUACACUAUGGGGAAAUGA